AUGUUCAACGAAAGAGAUAGAAGUUGUAUUUUGAACAUCCCUCUUAGUCUUUCAUCAUGUUCUGAUGCAUGGUGCUGGAACUUCGAGUCCAAAGGUCACUAUUCGGUUAAGAGUGCAUAUAGGUUCCUUGUUGAUGGCUUUCGACAUAGGGAGGGGAGCGAGAUAUGGAAAAGCUGCUGGUUAAGCUCGCCGUUGGGUUGGCCUGCGCCUUCUGCAUCUUCUUUAAAUGAGUGGUUUUCUUUAGUCUUCUCUUCUGCUUCUGUGGAAAAUGCCUCCCUUAUGCUAAUGAUCUUAUGGGCUUUGUGGCAAAAUAGGAACAAUGUUGUAUGGAAGGGCCAGGGUCAGACUGCGAGUGGUGUGUUCUUCAUGGCUCUGAAUUUUUUGCAGCAAUGGAAAGCAGCCCGGGUUGUUUCCUCAGUAAGCACCACUGUCGACCCGGCUCGCCCGGUCUGGUCUCCUCCGCCGCACGAUUGGAUCAAGACGAAUAUUGACGCCUCUUUAAGCUUGCAACGAGGUUCGGUAGGUUUCGGUAGUGUCAUCCGAAAGGAUGAUGGGAGUUUUGUGGCUGCUAAAACAGGCUCUUUUUAUAGCCAGAUGGAUGCAAAGUGUGCUGAAAUUAUAGGAUUUCGGGAAGCAUUGAGCUGGAUUAAAGAGUGUGGAUGA